CUGGUUUGGUUUGGAGUAACAGACUCAAUUGUUAGUGUUACAGGAGUUUUGUUAAUGUGUUAUUUUGCUAUGGACCUGAGGUGGAAAAGGGUCCCUAUGUUAUUGAUCCUGUUGAUCUUCUGGAAACAUGCAUUUGGAAUGAAAGGUUGGAGUUCUCAUGAUGUUCCACCUCACCAGAAAUGGCAUGCCAACAAGAUCACCUCACCUCCAGGAGCCCAGUCUUCAGUGUUUGAGACUCCAGUGACUGGAAGCAUUCCUUUUGAAGAAGUGGCCUCUAAUGUACUUGCUGGGAAAAGCCUAAAUCCCAGCAGGUCUCGGUUUUCCCAUUCACGUCAGUAUGUAAAAGGUGGCAUUUCAGGCAGCCAUGCAUCUAUGUCUCAUACCCAAAGUGCACCGAGUUCCUCUGUUUCUGCUUCCUUGGUCUUGCCUCAAAAUUUGCCCAGUUUAUACAGCAACCCAUCACUGCUAAAACGUCAAGAUUCCUUCAGUCCGAGUGUCCGGUAUAUAGCCAGCCACUCUGGCCUUCAAUUUGAAGAAACCUCUAGUCCACUUUCUGCUCCGAGUAGCUCUUCCACUGGAUCCUCUGCCAGUUCCCUCAGUGAGUUUAUUUACACCUCUCAGGACAGCUCUCGGCCACAACUGGCAGGCAGUUCCAGUCAGCUUGCUUCUACAGAUGGUGUAAGUGGUUUGCUACCCCAGUCUCAAAGCACUGCAAGUCAGAUCUCUGGGUCCUCUAUGAGUUCCAGACUUGCUGCUUCACCCCUAAGUGUUAUCCAGUCUACCAGUGGUCAGAGCUCUCACAGCCAGUAUACAUCAGGCUCCCAGAGAAUGGUUGGCACUAAGCUGGUAGCUUCCCGUCAAUCUGUGCCUAAACUGCAAAGUAGUUAUGGCUCAUCUUUCCAGCCUCAAGGUGCCAUUAGCCAGUAUGCUCCAAAUUUUUCCUUAGGAGGUAAAGUGCCUGUGUCCAGUCAGUACUAUCCAGCAACUCAGAGUGGAUCCUCUCGGUCUCUAAGCCAGUCAUCUCAGAAGUGGCAGCCUUCAACUUCUAGGACUCAAGUUUUUCAGUCAUCUAGACCAGCAGUGUUCCAAGGAUUUCAGACAUCUGGUGCAUCACAAAGUGUCUCUCAAUAUCCUGGUAGUUUCGUUUCCUUGUCUAUGAGCCAGCCAUCUCAAUUGAAGCCUUCCAUUUUAAGGUUGUCUCAAGGUUUUCAGGCCUCUGGUACAGUGGCAUCACAGAGUAAAUCUCAGUUUCAAGGCUCUAAGUCUCCCAGUAGACCAUCUACCUCUACCUCGGCAGCAAGUCCUGGCCAAUCAUUCUCCAAUGUAUAUACAUCCAGCUCCACAAGUAGAGCUGGUGCUCAGCUGGCAGGAUCUAGUCGUUAUGUGCCCAUGCAGAUGGGAAGCACUUCUUCUGAUGGCUCAUCUCUUCGUCUUCAAGGUACCUCUAGCCAGAAUGCCCCUGCUUUGGUUGCAAAAGUUGCUCCGAAUAAACUGGCUUCACGUGGAUCAUCGUCUCUGAGCCAACCGUCUCAAUUGCAGCCUCCCAGCUAUUGGUGGCACCUAGGUUUUCAGGCCCCUGGCACAGUGGCAUCACAGAGUGGCUCUCCAUCUCAUGGCUCUAAGUCUCCCAGUAGAUCAUCUACCUUUACUUCAGCAGCAAGUCCUGGCCAAUCAUUCUCCAAUGUAUAUACAUCCAGCUCCACAAGUAGAGCUGGCGCUCAUCUGGCAGGAUCUAGUCGUUAUGUGCCCAUGCAGACAGGAAGCACUUCUUCUGAUGGCUCAUCUCUUCGUCUUCAAGGUACCUCUAGCCAGUUUUCCCCUGCUUUGGUUGCAAAAGUUCCUCCGUACAAACUGGCUGCUUCAAGUGGAUCCUCGUCUCUGGGCCAACCGUCUCAAUUGCAGCCUCCCAUCUCUAGGUGGUCCCAAGGUUUUCAGGCCACUGGUACUGUGGCAUCACACAGUGGUUCUCCAUCUCACGGCUCUAAGUCUCUUAGUAGGUUCUCUACUCUUACAACGGCAGCAAGUCCUGAAAAACUUUUGUCCACACAGGAUGGAAGUGGCAGAUAUAGGGGUUUGUUCGGCCAGUCUCAAAGGACCUCUAGCCAGUAUGCCCCUGCUCCUUUGGAUGCAAAAGUGUACAGUCAGGCUGCUCCAAGUGUAAUUUCCUUGUCUAUGAACAAGCCAUCUCAAUGGCAACCUUCCACCUCUAGGUGGUCCCAAGGUUUUCAGGCCUCUGGUACAGUGGCAUCACAAAGUGGUUCUCUAUCUCAUGGUUCUAAGUCUCCCAGUAGGUUCUCUACCCUUACCUCGGCAGCAAGUCCUGGCCAAUCUUUCUCCAAUGUAUUAACAUCCAGCUCCCAAAGUAGAGCUGGUGCUCAGCUGGCAGGAUCUAGUCGUUAUGUGCCCAUGCAGACAGGAAGCACUUCUGAUGGCUCAUCUCUUCAGCUUCAAGGUAUCUCUAGCCAGUAUGCCCCUGCUUUGGUUGCAAAAGUUGCUCCGUAUAAACUCGCUGCUUCAAGUGGAUCCUCGUCUCUGAGCAAACCGUCUCAAUUGCAGCCUCCCACCUCUAGGUGGUCCCAAGGUCUUCUGGCCUCUGGUACAGUGGCUUCACAGAGUGGUUCUCUAUCUCUGGCUUCACAGACUGGUUCUCUAUCUCAUGGUUCUAAGUCUCCCAGUAGGUUUUCUACCCUUACCUCAGCAGCAAGUCCUGGCCAAUCUUUCUCCAAUAUAUUAACAUCCAGGUCCCAAAGUAGAGCUGGUGCUCAGCUGGCAGGAUCUAGUCGUUAUGUGCCCAUGCAGACAGGAAGCACUUCUUCUGAUGGCUCAUCUCUUCAGCUUCAAGGUACCUCUAGCCAGUUUGCCCCUGCUUUGGUUGCAAAAGUUCCUCUGUAUAAACCGGCUGCUUCAAGUGGAUCCUCGUCUCUGAGCCAACCGUCUCAAUUGCAGCCUCCCAUCUCUAGGUGGUCCCAAGGUCUUCAGGCCUCUGGUACAGUGGCUUCACAGACUGGUUCUCUAUCUCAUGGUUCUAAGUCUCCCAGUAGGUUUUCUACCCUUACCUCUGCAGCAAGUCCUGGCCAAUCUUUCUCCAAUCUAUUAACAUCCAGCUCUCAAAGUAGAGCUGGUGCUCAGCUGGCAGGAUCUAGUCGUUAUGUGCCCAUGCAGAUGGGAAGCACUUCUACUGAUGGCUCAUCUCUUCAGCUUCAAGGUACCUCUAGCCACUUUGCCCCUGCUUUGGUUGCUAAAGUUCCUCCGUACAAACCGGCUGCUUCAAGUGGAUCCUCGUCUCUGAGCAAACCGUCUCAAUUGCAGCCUCCCAUCUCUAGGUGGUCCCAAGGUCUUCAGGCCUCUGGUACAGUGGCAUCACAGAGUAGCUUUUCAUCCCAAGGCUUGAAGUCUCCCUGGAGUUUCUCUACCCUUACAUCAGCAGCAAGUCCUGACAGUUUCUUUACACAAGAUGGAAGUGGCAGACAUAGUAGCUUGUCCAGCCAGUCUCAAAGUGCCUCAGGUCAAUAUAACCCUGUGGACUCCUCCACCUAUGGCCAGAAACCUUCCAAGAGCUCCCCCACUUCAAGACGAUACUCUUCAUCUGUCAAGGGCUAAUGGACCGCCUUAUACAUUUAUCUCUACCUUGCACUAAUGUCAAUGCUAAAUGGCUUAAAUCUGGUGUGCUUUUAUAAAUGUAACUUGAGUCAAUAAAUUGCUUUAAUGGGAAUGUUGUUUCCUGUG